AUGAUGAAAAACAGAUUCGAACCAAUAUCAUGUCCUGUUUGCUCAAAAAACGUUUAUUUUGCAGAAGAAGUAAGGGCUAUGGGUCGUGCAUUUCAUAAACAAUGUUUCAAAUGCUGUCAAUGUUCCAAAGCUCUAGACAGUUUUACUGCAAAUGAUCACAAGGGUACUUUGUACUGCAAAAAUUGCUAUGCAAAGAACUACGGACCAAAUGUCUAUGGUUUUUCAACGAAUAGCACACUAAUGAGAAGUACUUAUGAUCUUCGAGAUUGUACUAAAAUGAAUGGUUAUUCACAUUCUCAUAGUCCAAUGAUAAAUCAAUCACAAGAUUAUCAUUCACAAGAUCGUUUAACUCAUAUAGAACAUAGUGGUAAUUAUAUUCCACGUCCAUUUCGUAUACGAUGGUCUAGUGGAAAUUGUAAUUCAACACGUUGUGCAAAUUGUUCAGAUAUUGUUUAUGCAAAUGAAAGAAUAGAUGCAGUUGGUAAAGUAUUUCAUCGUUUAUGCUUUAAAUGUAAUGAUUGUCAACGUCUUCUUGAUCGUGGUACUGCAUGUGAUCAUAAUCGUGAAGUAUUUUGUCAUAAUUGUUAUAUUAAAAACUUUGGUUCCAAAGGUUUAAAAGCUGGUACAAAUCUACGUUGUGCUUAA